AUGUCUGGACGUCAAGGCGGUAAACUCAAGCCGUUAAAGCAAACGAAGAAAAAAGAUGCAGUGGUAGACGAGAGUGAUAUGGAGUUCAAAAAGAAGCAACAAGAGGAACAAAAAAAAUUGAAAGAACUUCAAGCAAAAGCAGCUAAAGGUGGCCCACUUGUUGGUGGCGGAAUAAAAAAAUCUGGCAAGAAAUAA